AUGAAGUCAGGACCAGCAAAUGAGGACGUGACCAAGAAGGCAGUUAUCGACGCCGUGCAGCGGAAUUUUGCAGGCAGCGAUGUUUACUCAGCUUAUAGACUGAGGACUACCGGGACGAGCUCUGUCCUAAUGUGGUCCACUAUCUUGAGGACGAGAACAUCGAUCGUUGCAUUCCCUUUGGUCGCUGUGGCUCUUACGGUGCGCCUUCCAAAUUGGCGUGCACGAAAUAUGGCUACGCGGGUCAUCGGUAAAGGCACCACUUCGGGGUUGUGGAUGGAAGUAUCCCGCGAAGAGGUGUAUCAGGUCUUGUGCAAAGCUUAA